UUAAUCGAACCACUAUGAGCUACUUCCACUGUACCAUCGAUCAUGAAGAACUCAACACGUACGGCAGUGUGGCUAUGCAUUGCACUGCUUGCGAUCGCUACUGCACCGUCGCCCGUUUUAUCCGACGAAGGUGACGAGCAGGAGCAGGAAGCACACACCACGCAGGAAGCGCAGGUGGCGCAGGAAGAGCAAGCUACCGCACCAACCCCGGAAGCCAAUGGGGAAGAAGGGGCAGGCGAAGGUGAAGCAACCGAUACGGAUGGGGAAGAAGCCGCCGAAGCGGACGGAGCGAACCCAGGCGGAAUGUUCGUGAUGCAGCCGAUCAACAUACUGCUCGCACCGACCGCCUGCAAGCCGGGCUUUCGUGUCGAUCAUAAGGGCAAGUGUCGGCCCACACUGUGAGCGAGCACUGUUUGACGCUCCGAUCGUGUGCCCGGAUGGAACCGUACUGGAUCACAAGGGUGUAUGCCGACGACCGAUGGGGUGAUGAAGUUCAAAUUUACAGUUCCCUAAAUCAACCAUACAAUGUAUCCCAAAGUCGAUCUUCACAAUCACCAUGAAUAUAUUCUAAAUGUUUGUUUAACUACAACACCUUACGCCAAAGUGAUGCAAUAAAGCUUAACCUACUGUCAUCAAUUGA